AUGCAGGAGAACUAUGAGAAUGUGACCUCGCUGGCAGGGUUUCCAGUUUCUAAACUUGAUGUCCUCUCCCAGCUGGAAAAAGGGGAAGAGUUGUUUCCCACAGAUCUCCAGGACUCAGAGGAAAGAAAGCUCCUGAGAAGCAGCUAUACAGGUGAGGGGAUGGUGAGAGAGACCAUGGAGCAGAAUCCUCAGCAGGAAGAUGAGCAAGUGGAACCACAAGGGUCUUUAUUGCAAAGAUGCAAAGUUAGUGUGUCCAGGACUUGUGAGCAGGGAAAAGCCUGUCAGAGUCAGCACAGGCCAGAGAAGCAGCAGGGAAACCAGCCAAUGCAGAAAGUUGGUAAAUCUGUUAAUUAUCAGGGAACUCACAAAGGCCACAAGGAAACCACGGCCCAGCAGAGAAUCCCCAUGGGAGAGAGAAAUAACACAUGUGUUGAAUGUGGGAAAAAGUUCAGUAGGCUCUCACACCUUGUUAAACAUGAGCGAAUCCAUAAAGGGGAGAAACCCUAUGAAUGCUGUGAGUGUGGGAAAACCUUCCCUCAGAGCUCAGCCCUUAUUAGCCAUCAGAGGAUCCACACUGGGGACAAGCCAUAUGAAUGUUUUGAGUGCAGGAAAACCUUCCUUCGGCACUCUGACCUUAUUAGACAUGAGAGGAUCCACACAGGGGAGAAACCUUAUGAAUGCUGUGAGUGUGGGAAAACCUUCACUGAGCGCUCAAACCUUAUUGACCAUCAGAGAAUCCACACAGGGGAAAAACCCUAUAGAUGCUGUGAGUGCGGGAAAACCUUCUCUCAGAGAUCAACCCUUACUAACCAUCAAAGGAUCCACACAGGGGAGAAACCCUAUGAAUGCUGUGAGUGUGGGAAAAUCUUCGCUCGGAGCUCAGCCUUAAUUAACCAUCAGAGAAUCCAUACAGGGGAAAAACCCUAUAAAUGCUGUGAGUGUGGAAAAACCUUCGCUUGGAGCUCAGCCUUAAUUAACCAUCAGAGGAUCCACACAGGGAAGAAACCCUAUGAAUGCUGUGAGUGUGGGAAAACUUUCACUGAGCACUCAAACCUUAUUAAGCAUCAGAGGAUCCACACAGGGGAAAGACCCUAUGAAUGCUGUGAGUGUGGGAAAACUUUCACUGAGCGCUCAACCCUUAUUAAGCAUCAGAGGAUCCAUACAGGGGAAAGGCCCUAUGAAUGCAGAGAGUGUGGGAAAACCUUCCCUCAGAGCUCAGCCCUUACUAGCCAUCAGAGGAUCCACACGGGGGACAAACCAUAUAAAUGCUGUGAGUGCAAGAAAACCUUCCUUCAGCACUCACACCUUAUUAGACAUCAGAGGAUCCACGUGGGAGAGAGAUCCUAUGAAUGCUCUAAGUGCGGUAAAUUCUUCCAUCAAAGCUCAGCCUUUAUUUAUCAUCAGAGAAGCUGCAAGAGAGAGAAAUGCCAUAAAAACCUUGUCUAGAGCUGAGGAAAGAUUUUAUUUUCCGUUUGCUAAUUCCCACAUAAUGAGCUUAAAGGAAGCUUUGUGUCCCCAUGGUCUUUCAGUUCCCCCAGCUGAGUUAUGUGCUUUUCCCUUUUGUAGCUCACCCUCCCUUGGGGGGAAUCCCCCCGUCUUUUUCUGCAACUCCUUUGUCCUAUGUCAUGGAAGUGUGUUUCCCUCCAACUGGAAUUUCAGUCAAUCCCAGGUGGGGGAACCAGGAGUGACCUCAACUAGGUACAUGGAGGCCUACAUGGGCCUUGACUCCACUAGGAUUUUCCAUGGAGUUAGCUAGCUUCAAUUACCUAUCCUAAUGUAAAAACACAAGUAUUUUUUCAAUUAAAAAAUACCCCAUAUAUGGUGGCCAAGAUAAUUUAGAAAAUUUCCUCAACACCUGGCAUAACCUCCAUCACUUUUCCUAGUCUAAACAUAUUUGGAGUAUCACAUUUAUACUUUUCCUCCCACUGCAAAGAAAUUGUUAGUCACCAGGUUCCCCCACUAGGGACAGAUUGUCUCAUUCCCAUUUGUUCUCACAUUACACUGGGUUGUGCUGAAAUUUUUUCUACCAUUUUUCCAUAUUAAAUACAUUUAAAUAUAACAAA